AUGCGGUCCUCCGAAAGCAUCCUGUCUUGGUCACUUCUGCUGGCAUCUCUGGGAGGAGUGCAAGCCAAGCUAGACUUGAAAUCGAGCAAGAACGUUGUUGUUUACUGGGGACAAAACUCUCUAGAGAACUCUUCGGGGGGCAAGAAGGUAGAGAGCCAAAAGUCUUUGGCUUAUUACUGUGACAAUGAGGACAUUGAUGUCAUUCCCAUGGCCUUUGAUAUGAUGGUCAAUGGCCCUGGAGGCGCACCGGAGAUUGACUUUGCCAACAGCAGCGGAGACUGCGAGGUGUUUGAAGGAACGCAACUGAAGAAUUGUCCGAACGUUGGCGCGGACAUCAAGACCUGCCAACAGAAGGGAAAGACCAUCCUUCUCUCCAUUGGAGGAGCCACAUACAGCGAAGGUGGCUUCAAGUCCGAGGCAGAUGCCAAAGACGGGGCCAAGUUGAUGUGGGAAACCUUUGGUCCCAAGCAAGCAGGCUCGGAGGCUCUUCGUCCCUUCGGUGAUGCUGCUUUGAACGGCUUCGAUUUCGACUUCGAGGCCAACGUCCAGCAUAUGGCUCCGUUCGCCAACGAGCUCCGAUCCCUCAUUCAGGCCGACAAGAGUGGCCAGGAUUUCUUCCUGACUGCUGCACCUCAAUGCCCCUAUCCGGAUCAGUCGGACAAGGAAAUCCUCAAUGGCCCGGUUUAUAUCGAUGCCAUUUGGGUCCAGUUCUACAACAACUACUGCGGUGUCAACGCCUACAGUGCCGAGAGCUCCGCGAACAAGUUUAACUUCGAGGAAUGGGACAACUGGGCUCACACAGUCUCAAAUAACAAGGACGUCAAGGUCCUUCUUGGAGUUCCAGCCGACACCACCGCCGCCAGCACGGGAUAUAUCCCGUCGUCGGAGCUGGCCAAGGUGAUUGAGUACUCGAAGAAGUUUGACAGUUUUGGAGGAGUGAUGAUGUGGGAUGCCACGCAAGCAUAUGGAAACGGUGCCUUUAUCAAGGACGUCUCAAAGGCCCUGGGAGGCGCUGAUGAUACCGGUUCGUCGUCGUCCACUUCGGCGUCGACCUCGGCGCCUUCUUCUUCGUCCACUGACACUGCGAAUACCUCGUCCUCUUCCAAUGCACCCGGUUCCUCACCCUCAUCUUCCUCCUCCUCUGCUGCUUCCUCAUCGUCCAGUGGUCCUGAACCCACCUCGACGGAGAGCCCGACCCCUGCCGACACUACCAGCUCCAGCACCACCUCCGAAGCCACCGAGGCCCAACCGACGACCGCCGCAACCCCAGAGGCAACCGCCCCUCCAGCAACCACUGCUCCUCCUGUGCCUGCCCCGACGUCCACCGAGCAAACUCCCCCUCCCGCAUCCACCGAGCAAACCCCUACACCUGCAUCCACCGAGCAAACCCCUGCAUCUACCAGUAGCACUCCGGCGCCCAGCGAUGAUCCCGAUCAAACUGAGGGCGGUGGUUCCGAGAAUUCAGACCCAGAAGACCUGGUUUCCAGCAUCCUUGGAAAUGAUCUUCUCGGACUGCUGGGUGGUCUCCGCACAGCUAACACCGCGACGCAUCGUGUCACUCACAGUCUCACCAAUAAGACGGACCCCAAGGCGAUGGGGCCCGCAGCACCCAAAGUGGCCAUGCAUAAACCGGAUCCCCAAGUAGCCAUGCAGAAAGCGGAUCCUAAAGUUCAAAUGCCUCAAAUGGGACCGAAACUGGACAUGCAUAACAUGGGACCUAAAUUGGACCUGAAGCACAUCGGACCUAACAUGAAGGAAAUGGGACCUAAACUGGACUUGAAUAAGAUGGGACCCCAGGAUAAUGGUCCUAAGCAAAUGGGACCUAAUGCCAACAACCUUCGGCGGGCUUUGCGCAACCGCGUUUGA